GCAGUGCCGUGUCAUGGAGGCUCAGUCUCGGAGCAGCCAUUGAAGGGGAAGGAACUGCGGGAGUGUGUGUGUGUGGUGUGUGUGUGUGCGUGCGUGCGUGUGUGCGCGCGCGCGGGUGUGUGGACAAGGAGGUGGGGGCAGCCGAGUUAAGAGUCCUAACUCCUUGGACUCCAUUUGCUAUUCUUUUCUUUCUCCUCUACACCUAUUUGGUGGUUGUGGGCGUUUGUAUUUUGCUUUUCUUUUCAUUCAUUUCCAGAUCUUAAAAAUAAAUUUUUUUAGGGUUGGGGGUAGUGGAAAAGGGGGUGAAGGAGGAGAGUAGCAGCAGAAAAGCAGGAGGACAUGGAGAUGAAGAAGAGGAUUAGUCUGGAGUUACGGAACAGAGCCCCGGAGGAGGUAACAGAGUUAGUCCUUGAUAAUUGCCUGUGUGUCAAUGGGGAAAUUGAAGGCCUGAAUGACACUUUUAAAGAACUAGAGUUUCUGAGUAUGGCUAAUGUGAAAUUAAGUUCACUGGCCCGGCUCCCUAGCUUGAAUAAACUUCGAAAGUUGGAACUUGGUGACAAUAUAAUUUCUGGAGGUUUGGAAGUCCUGGCAGAGAAAUGUCCAAAUCUUACCUACCUCAAUCUGAGCGGAAACAAAAUCAAAGACCUCAGUACUGUGGAAGCUCUGCAAAAUCUUAAAAAUUUGAAAAGUCUUGACUUGUUCAACUGUGAGAUCACAAACCUGGAAGAUUACAGAGAAAGUAUUUUUGAGCUGUUGCAGCAAAUCACAUACUUAGAUGGAUUUGAUCAGGAGGAUAACGAAGCACCAGACUCGGAAGAGGAAGAUGAUGAGGAUGAAGAUGAAGAUGAAGAUGAAACUGGUCUACUUGAAGGAUAUGAGGAGGAGGAGGAGGAAGAAGAAGAAGAGGAAGAUGAAGAUGAAGCAGAUUCAGAAUUGGGAGAAGGAGAAGAGGAAGUGGGUCUUUCAUACUUAAUGAAAGAAGAAAUUCAGGAUGAAGAAGAUGAUGAUGACUAUGUUGAAGAAGGGGAAGAAGAGGAGGAAGAAGAAGAAGGCCUUCGUGGAGAGAAGAGAAAACGAGAUGCUGAGGAUGAUGGAGAAGAAGAAGAUGACUAGAUCAUUCUCAGAUUCAAUUUCCUAGAUCUCCUGGGUGUGCAACAGAGUGAUCACAUCUUCUUUCUUUUUCAUGUAUGAUAGCUCUCCCUACCAGAAGAUAAUCUGUAACUUUUUUAUAGGAGAAGUGUGGUUUUACUAUUUUUGCCUUAUCAUUCCAAUUAAGAUUUACUAGUUUGCUAAUGAUCAUGUUGUAUGUAGAGAAAAAUUUUCAUUAACUCCCUCAUCCCUCCAUUGUGCAAUUCUCUAGCAAUGUAUUUGGAAUCUUAAUUUUUCUAAUUCAGGCUUACUGUCUUAGACAUUUUUAGCCCAUAAUUAAAACAUGAUCAAUUUUACACAGGUAUAGUUUGGUGCAUUUCAUUUAUAAGGUUUUAAAGUUAUUUAUAAAUUAACUGAAAUUAUGGUCAGCUCUCAUAUGAAAGGAAAAUAGCCUCUUGAUUGAUAAGUUGACUUUUUUUUAAGCAGUGAUUCAGAUUUUUAGUUUGAAGGCAGUGAUUUUUAUUUUAUUCUGGAUAUAAGCAUUUGGGGGCCAUCUUGUCUCUUGAAUAAAUUGGAAAGUAGAAUCAGAAUAAUAAAGGUCCAUGUAGCAGUUAGUGUAGUUCAUGGAUUUGGGUAAUUAGUCCAUGAGUUUUUAUGGCGACUGAGAAGAUUUUGUUUUGGAAGGACAAAUUGCUUAUGCUAAGUCCAGAGACUUGCAGGUGAGUCCUUUCUUCAGGCUGUAGAUCAUGACAUGCUAGUGGUUUUAUUAUGUUUUAGAAACACCUGUCUUUUUUUAUGAUUAGCUUCCCUUCUAGCUUCAUUCCCUCUCUUAUCCCAAAAGAAAGAUGGGAAACUUGCAGCUGUCCAGAAAACCUUUAGUCUAAUACCUCAAGUACCUUUUCAGGCUUGUCUGGGUUUUAAAAAAAAGUGGGAGAAUUAGAGAAUUUUCUUAGAUAAAAUACAGUUUUAUGCAACAAGCUCAGCUUACUGUUAAAUCUUUGUUGGUUGAUAACAUGUAAUACUGUAUCAAAAUAAAGAGAGAAAAGUAGAGGAGGCUUUAGAAAGUAGCAUCAGCAUUUCUCAAAAGUCAGAGUGAUUGCCUGUUGAUGAGACUGGAUUUUUUAAACUGGUUUUCCAAAAUGAGUUGGAAACUGACCUUGUAAAGUAUUUACAGCUUUUUUGAGUAGAACCUUUAAUUUCCUAUCUAUAGUUUUAAAGCAUAAGCAAGUAUCCCAUUGGAGUGUAGUAGGCAGUUGGAAGAAUAUUUGAAACUGAAUUGGUAGGAAAAUUGAGAUUUAUUUUCAAAUUGUUUGUCCAUUAAAGAUAGAAAAAAUAUUUGUGAUUGUUUCUUCCUCAUAUGGCUACUAACUAAAACAGUAGACAAGUCUAUCUCCCUUUGGUCAUGGAGGCUCCAUGUUCAAGACAGCUUUGACAAAUUUGAUGUUCUCUCUGAGGUACAAAUCACUGAGUAUAGUAUUGCUGUCACUCCCUUUUUGUUUUAAGACAUAUAAUUUAGUGUUUUAAAAUACUUAUGAAGUUUGUGACAAACUAAAAAGGCUGCACAACUGACUGAAAUAAAACACUUGAGAUAAAUUUGGCGGUAGAGAUUGAAAUCUCCAAAAGAUGAACAUUUUUUUCCUCUCCUAAUUUUAUCAAUUGAAAUGCCUGUGUUCAUUCCUAAAACAUUCUCACUCUGCCAAUUAUAAAAUGCUUAUUUUAAAAUGAAAUCUAUAUAUUGACUUAUCAAUCAUCUAUUGUGCAAUCAAAAUUAGAGUUCUUUGGUUUGAAGACUACAUUUAGAGCCUCCAGAUAACUUUUAAGACUUCCUUAGCUCUGUGGGUGGUAUUUUCAUGCAAAUAAGUAAGGGUGGGUUUAUAUUUUGUAGAAGUUUUGGGUCCUGUUUUAAUGCUCUUUGUAUGGCAGUAUGUAUAUAAUGUGUUAAGUUCUUCAAGAAUCUCUCCUUAAAAUUUUGAAUACUUUUGUGCAACUGUGUUUUGAAUAAAGCCAUGACAGUGUUAAAAAAAAUUCAAAAAAAUGCAGUACUCCUGAUCAUUCUUUCAUUGUUUCUGACUAUUCCCUGGUUUUUGUGACUGCUGUAACUUAAAAGUUUUUGAAACUGAAUUGCUUCAAAUAAAUUGAAGAUUUGUUAUAAUGAUUA